GUGGAUGGUCUCAUAUUUACCUGCACUGAAAUCCAUUUGCCGCAGUUUUGCUUAUUCACUUAAUCUACCAAUAUUUUUGAGGAUUAUGAGCAUUCCCCCAAGUAGCGAAACAAGAUGACGACUGUUUUAUCACUUCUGUUUAUGAUUUACCUCUUUGCUCGUCCAGUUAUCGCUUUACAAUGCUACUCUUGCAACAAUGUGGAGAGCAAUACAGUCUGUAAUCAGAAAACACCUCAAAACUGCACGGGUAGUCAGGACAGGUGUAUGAUAUCUAAGGUCACCACAGAGAUCUUUGGACAACAGAUAACUACUUUGAAAAAAGGCUGCAUUGAAAGCUCGAAGUGUACUGGAACCAUCAGCGUCAUAUUCAUCAGUGCUGGGACUGAAUGCUGUGAGACUGAUUUAUGCAAUGUGAAUGGCUCAGCUACUUUCAGUGAAAGCAAAUUGAUGCUUAUAGCUUCUGCAAGCUUCCUUUACAUAAUCCUCAAGUUUGUAAACUAA